AUGCCCGGUGGUGAUACCUCCAAUGGACAGUCUGGUGCGGUAGCGCCGCCAUCGUCGACUUUUCAUCAGAUUACUCCGCCGAAGUACCUUGACUUGAAACAUAGUGGAGAAAUUGCCGAAAACUGGAAGCUUUGGAAGGAGAAAUAUAACAAUUAUUUUGCCAUUCCUCGUUUGGAUCGGGAAACCCCGGAGUUUCAGUUGGCGAUGUUCAAACAUACAAUCGGAGAUGAUGCGUUGAAAGUCAUCAAAACAUUCAACUACGCCGAGGGGGAGAACUCGAAUGAUUGGUGCGUGGUAAUGGGAAAAAUGGAGAAGCAUUGCAUCGGCGAAGUCAACGAAAUUUACGAACGAUACUGUUUUAAUAUGCGAGACAAGCUUCCAACGGAGUCGGUUGAUAGUUUUGUUGCCGAGUUGAGGAAUCUGGCCAAAACAUUUUGCGAUUGUUUGCGGGAUAGUUUAAUCCGUGAUCGUAUUGUGCUUGGAAUUAAAAACGAGCAGACGACCAAGAAGUUGCUGAGAAUGAGAAAUCUUACUCUGAAUCGUUGCAUCGACGUAUGUCGCAGCGAGGAAGUUGCUGAGUUGCAAAUGAAGUUGUUAUCUGGGCCGGUGGAUAACAUUAAUCAAGUAAAGUCAAGUUCUAAAAGCCUCGAGCUCCAACGCCGGUGGACGGGCGGUCGGCAAAGAAAAUUUCAUGCAAAUUUUGUGGCUAUGACCGUCAACCUGAUAGGAAGAUGUGCCCUGCAUGGGGAAAGAAGUGUAAGCGAUGCAAGUAAAAGAAUCAUUUUGCCAAGAAGUGUAAGAAAGUUCCUGUUCAUAAUAUUGAGAGCGAAGAGGAGUUAG